GGGUCGCGCCCGGCAGCCUGAGGUAGCGCAUGCGCAGUAGUUAGCACGGAUUCAGGCCACCUGAGCGGCGCAUGCCUGGGCCUAAGCUGUUAUCUUUGUCGUUUUAUUGUUUUCUUUUAUUAUUAGUGUUGUGGUGAUUGAGGUGGCUAGAAUCAAGAGAGUGGAGCUGCCCAGUGUUGUGAUCUGCCCCCCUCCCAUCCCCCCCUCCCUGGUCACCAUGGCGAUCAGUCAGUUCCGAUCACUCAGAGUCUGUACAUGUUUGGCCUGGCUGCUCUCCUUCUUCAAGAGGCUCAUCUGCAGGUCUGGAAGGGGUAGGAAAUUGAGUGGAGAUCAAAUAACCUUACCAACAACGGUUGAUUAUCCAUCUGUUCCUAAGCAGCCUGAGGUAGAAGAUUGGAGUUCCUGGGAUGAAGAUGGUCCAACCAGUAUUAAGAUUGAAGGAGGCAAUGGUAAUCUUUCAGCACAACAGAAUGGUACUGGAGAGACUGAAGAACCUGAUUACUUUAAAGACAUGACACCAACCAUACGAAAACCUCAAAAAAUUGUUAUUAAGAAAAAAGAACCAUUAAAUUUUGGAACUCAAGAUGGCAGCAUGGGAUUUUCCAGUAGACUAGCAGCUACACAGGACAUCCCAUUCAAUCAACCAUCACCCGAACUAGGAGAUUUUGAAACUUGGCAGGAAAACAUUAAUGCCUGGGAAGAGGAGGGAGAUGCCACCUGGGAGGCAGAAGAAGUGCUGAGGCAGCAGAAGCUUGCAGAGAGGGAGAAGAGGUCAGCUGAACAACAGAGGAAGAAGAUGGAGAAGGAUGCACAGAGAUUAUUGAGAAAGGAACAGAACAAAAUUGCUGUAAAACUUUCAUAACGUGAGUGAUAUGUGGACCUGUCACUGUCAGCAGAAGACGUUACCCUCCCAUGGCAACUAUGACCAGUAUACUUUGAUGAAGAAUGCUUUUAUAAGUAAUUUCUACUGAUGUGCAUUUGACCAAUGAGCAUGCAUUUUAGCUCAAGUCACCAUCUGAUGCUCUGAAAUCUUCAUGGAUUACUGGAAAUCAUUGGGAUAGAUACAAGAUUUUACGAUAUAUGUACAUUUUAUUCUCAGCUAUCCAAUCAGUGCAUUGUUGAGUGCAGUACUUCACUGCCCCAGUUCCUGAACAUCCUAAUAGAUUAUUUGCUGGAGUUCUUUUCUGAUUCCCUGGGUUGAAUAUAGGAAUAUUUGUGGCUUGAUGGACAUAAUUUAUCUGCUGUGUGUAAAAUAUCUUUUAUUUGAAAUUAUAUUUAAUCAUAAAUAUGUGUUGGCCUGUUCCUUUGCCUGUCUGGAUUUGACAGUUAUCCAUCUGUUCUGUUAUGCCAGACACUGAAAUGUUACCAACAAAAUCAAUGGAUUAUCAGAACUUGAGGGUUGGUGCUGUAUAUAUUCAUUUUAACAGGUUACUGAGAGAAUAGUAAGUAUAUUUAAAAAAAGCUAAAUGCAUUUGUAUAUAUCUGGUAAACUAGUUGCUCUGGGGUAAUUGGCAACAGCCAAAAAGAGGACUGUUACUGAAAUUUGUUUUUGUUUUUUGACUUUUGGCAUUCUGGAAGUUAGCAUUUCAGCUGAGAUUACUGUACAAAUUUGAAAACAAGCUCUGCAGAAAACAAUGAAGAACAUAAUAAGCUUGGUAUGUGUGUCUAUAUUCGUAGUACAUAUUGACUUUGUCAGAGCGCUGCAAAAUUCGAAAUUUUAUGUAAUUAAUUGUUCUGCAGUUUUUGCCAUAUUUUGUCUUUUGGAAACCAGCUGAAUCAGUUUGAAUUUAUUUUUUCUUAAUGUUUUUCAUGUUUCUUUUAACUAUAAAAUGACACGAAUGAUGCCUUGAGUGAAAUUGUGAAUCCUAAAUGAAGCCGGUUGUUAUUCUGCUAUAAGCUGAUACCUAUUUGUAGUCUUAUGAUUUUCAUUAUUAAGAGCAGAACAUUUUUAAUAUUGCCUGAAAUGAGGCUAACCUGCUGCCUAAUUUUACAGACGGAAUGGAAACCAACUUGCUUUACUUUGUUUACUACAUUCUCUAUUGCUAUUCAUGUCCACCUGUUUUGAAAUGUUUUAAUUAAAAGGCACUUCUUGUACAGCUAAAAUUAAUUAACUUGCAAUGAGCAUAUAAUUUUUCCUAAUUAAGGUGCAUUCUACUUUGGGCCCUUUUCACUUCAAGACCCGUCCAACCCGAACCUUUCUCAUCCUGCAUGUACUUGGGUUUUUAGGGAAGUUUUUCAAAUAAAAUGAUAAGUUGCAUACAAAAUGUAUGUUAUUGCACUAAAAGUAAUUUAUCGUGCAUCAUCUUGACCAAAAGCUGACAAAAUAACUUGUAAACGAUGUAUUCAAGAUCUCUUGUGACAGCUUUACUCCUUUAGCACAUGUUUCAAUCUAUGUACUAUUCACCUUGCAGUUGAAAAUUUUUUAGUAACAUUUUCUUUGUUCAGUGCUACUUCAAAUCCAUUAUUACUUUGAACAAAUUUGAUGGAAAUAUUACCAAAAUCAAUGAUCCCUUACAUCCAAAACUAUUACAACAGCUUUGGUGAUGGCGUUGAACCAUAAACUGCAAUAUUAUGUGGCCACAUCAGAUGCCUUUGCAGGUAAAAUUGUGAGAAUACAAAUUACUUGUCAAACUGGUGAUCAUUGACUCUCAGAAACAUAAUUGUUUCCUUUAACACAUAUAACAGCUUAUUUCGCGAUACAGCUUUUCUCAUCAACCUUUAUGCUAAGUAAUGUAAAUUGUAUAAAUUUUUCUGCCUGUAUAAUACCUAUGUUUAAAUCUAUUGCACAGCACAUUGUACAGUAUUAAAAGGGUGAUUGAAAAUU